AUGGCUCCACGCGGAACAGUUGUGUUGGGACUUGGUAUUUUCACAACGUUCGACGGAUUUGGUGACUUACGUGCAGGUGUAGAUCAGCAAGGUUCUCCACGAAACAAGGCAAAUAAGGAAAACGGAACUGAAAAUGAAGAGCAGAAGCAGAGGGACACAAAUGACUGA